CUAAGCAUACUUUUAAGUAUAUAUCAAAAUAGAAAAAAAAUUAUUCAAUUUAAGUAUUUCCUGAACAUAAACUUUGGAAGGGAAAACGCCACUUAACAAAGGUUUGUAUGGCGAUAAACAAAGUUAAAAUUUGAUUCAAAUUCGACUUUUUAUAGCUGGUUUAACAAAAACAGGAAAUUAAUACCCUGCUCUUAGCAACAGAACGAGUUUAUAAAUGCUUUGUAAACGCGAAUUUAAAGACAAAACCUAGUGUGAGUACAAUUUUAGUAAAUGCUCGAAAUAUAUCGAUUACUCAAUGUAACUCAACUAAUUGAAACAUGAAUUGACAGUUCUCAAAAACCAGGAGCCAAGAAUUUUUCAUUCAAAGAAUCAUAAAUAGUUGAAAUAAAUGUGUCCUCAGGAAAAAGAUGCCAUUUUAAUUCAUUAACUUAUGCAACAUUGCCGUUAAUAAAAUAAUUAAAUAUAUUUACAAUUCAUCAUAAAUCUCGUGAAUGAAAAACAAAAAUUUCUAUUUCCGUGUUUUACUCAGUUUCAUUGAGGAAAAUAAUUACAAAGGGUUUUGCAGCUUUUAAAAAUGUUUUCUUUAUCUUUUAGGAUGAACUUUACCAUUUAUUUACUUAUUCUAUUUAAUCUCAAAUUGCUGACGACUUCCCAGUUUUGUGGCACAUAUGGCAAAAUAGAUUAUUGCUGCGACAACUACUACUUCGAUAGCAUAAAGAAAGACUGUCUUGAAUGCCCCAAUGGAUCCUACGGACGAAACUGUUCGAAGACGUGUGUGAUACCAAAAUAUGGAUGGCUCUGCUAUGAAACAUGUGAAUGCAAAAAUGAUGAAUAUUGUGACAUUGUAUCCGGUUGUCUCAAUGCAAGUACCACUUCCGCGCCCACCUCUACCCCAUUAGUAGAAACCUCGACACCGGAAAUAAAGGAAUCAUCAAGUGUUACAGAUACACAUUCAACCUAUAGAACACAGAGCGCAGAUAUUACAGAACUGCAUUCUAAUAAGAAAGAUACCUUUGAUGUAAAAUCAGCGAUCAUUGUGUCUGUUUCUGUUGCUUCUACUACAGUAUUUGUUUCGGUAGUUGGUUGUAUAAUAUUCUGCUGCAUAUAUAAGCGGAAACUUAGUUACCCUUUUCAAAACACACAAUAUGAUGAAUCAUCGAAUGAUCCUGACAUUCAGGUGCGCACGCCGCUGAGUAACUUGGAGACAGAAGUAUACAUGUACAUGGAGAUAGAAGAAAUAUCGCCUGCACUGAGUGGUGAUAUACCUGAUAAAACUAAAGAACACGUUAAAACAAAUUACGACCAGUUGUCGAAGACGGUUUCAGAUUCCUCCAAAUAUAGUGAGAUAGGUAAAUAUUACACAGAUAUUGAAAAAUAUAAGACAUUCACCACGCACAAGGCGCUGUACCACCACAGAGAGUUAAAACGUCAUAAUUCUUGGCAUCAUGUGAUUGAGAAGCCACUUAACAGUAGAUCUCCUUCCUUUACAAGAAAAGCAAACAGUUACUUAGAACUAUGUGAAGAUAAUGAUUAUCUUGAAGCCGUCCAUAAAUUAAAAAAUAUUGAAGCUUGUAGAGAUUUUAUUUAUGCAAACAUGAACACUUCUCAAUUAGCCAAUCCUAUUUCUAGUUUUCAUUCAAAAAACGCUGUUUCUUAUGAUGAUUUUGUUUCUAUAAUAAAAGAAUGUUGACUG